UGCAAGAGCGAACGAGCGCGCGAGCGCGAGCGCGCGCGCGCGUCCUUACAAAACAACGCAUCUGAACAUUCUGAACCCGUCGCUGAACAGUUCGGUGCCUUCAACAGUUCGGCACCGAUUCACACCGAGUUGAUUAUCCUACCGCUCGUUCGCGCGCGCCUGCUCAUCCUCGCGUUUCCUCGUCGCCGCCAUAUUAGCAACUCGAAAUAUAUGUAUAUAUGUACAUAAAUAUUACAUAUACAUAUAUACACACAAAACGUACUAAUAAUAAGUUGAAAUUAGACACGGAGACUAGUCGGACGUGACCAUCAUCGGAGAUUGCGCAUCCUACGUUGAGGAAAUUUUGCUCAAAUCUCGAAAGUAUAUACGACCAGUGUAUAGUAGUACUGUAUAUAUUUAUGAGCAACAAAAAGCAGUGAUCAAGCCAUAAUAUAUUGUCAGCCAUGUUUAAUCAUAUAUAAGAGAAAGCCCCUCCCCAAGGGAAGCGCGGGAGUACGAUAUUGUUAUACCCAACGUCAGGAGGGAUAGAUACUCUCUCGCGACUACGACGGCGCGUCUACCAGUUACUCUCGCGGAAAACGUAAAAGAAAAGAAGAUUCACCGCCGUCGCGAUCCACCGGGAUAAGAGAACCGAUUUCUCCCUCCCUCCCCUCCCUCGUCGUUGCGCGCCAAGAAGAUGCGAUACAUUAAACGCACGUGUUUAAUUGAUUUUACCUACCGCUGAACAGUGCGUUUACCGAUUCACAGCGGCUCUUCAACGUGAAAAGUCGAGUCGCCGGUGUCAUCGCGUGCGUCAUGUCGUGUGUGAAAUCUGUCGCGACUAGCAAAGUUUAGCACCGGUCUUUUUUUUUUUUUUUUUUAAUCGAAACUAAAAAUUACUAUUUAGCAGAAAUUACGAUAUUGUGAUACUGUGUCGUUAAUUAGCAUCCGGUGAAAUUUCAAUCUCAGUUGGAUUUAAGGAUAAACCGAUCUUGACGACCUUAUGACAAUCCGCAUUGUUAAUAACAAUGCCUAUUGGAAAUGAACAGUCCGCUGGAUCACGAUUUUGAAAGAUUUAAAUUUUCUACGCAAAAUACAAUCUGUAAGGACAGCGCUGUGGAGCUGUUACAAAAUUUCGACGAGCGCGCGGGCACUCCCAGCUCGCCGGAGCAACUCGACACUUUGAGUGAGCAGCAACUGUUGCUAGAUUGUGGCAUCUGUGGUCAGCAAUUUGCUUCCAAGAAACAAUUGCGUGUCCACAUUCAUACUCAUUUGAGGAAACCCCGGAUUGUCCUCAGAAGAGUUCCCAGUCCGAAAGUGGUGAAGCUGAGAAAGCAGAGCGAAGACACAUAUUGGUUGGAUCCUGAGAAGAAGGGUCUGCUGAAACUUACGCUGAAAAAACAGAACACAGUCGAGUCUCUAAAGCUUACAUUGAAGAAGACAUCCUCAAAGUCGGAAGCUUUUACUGUAGUGAAUAGUAAAUUUAAUCCAGGUGUCAAGAAUCAUCAGCGAGAAGACGUGGCAGGUGCUAAAGAGAAUGAUCAUAGAGAUAACAAGGCUGCAAAAGGUUCAGUUAAUGAACCUUUUGAAAACGUGAUGGUAGACCAACAAGGUGAUUAUGACAAUAUUAAAUUUGAUGAAGAAGAUCAUAAUCCUUUAGAAGAGAAUGAGAGACCAUCCAUAGAUGUUAAUGAGGGUGAUUCUGGUGUAGGGAGUGAUAUGGCAAAUCCAUCUGAAAAAGAAGAUCAAAAUGUUGAUGAUAUACAAAAUAGCGAUAACUAUGAUAAUUCUGAGAAAAGGCUAUCAGAACCUGAGGAUCACGAAGAAUCGGAUGCUUUAGAGGCAACUUGUAGAGAAACUAUUGAAAAUUUGAAAAAACUCGGAGAGCAGUCCAAUUCUAGAUCAACGAAUCAAUUGAUCGACAACUCGUCUACUGAGGAAGAAGACGAUAGAAAUCAUGAUUCCGACAUGAUACAUACUCUGGGACAGAAUUCUUCUAUCAGCAUUAUUCCAAAGUCUUCCACAUUUUCCAAUCAUUCGACGGAACGCGCUUCGGUAUGCGAUAGUGAAAAUAAAAGCAGAGACUCGACUGAGCCGCAAUCACAAAGUUUUAAUUGGAAUCAACUAUCAACCGACUUAUCUAGUAAAAGCAAUGAGGAUCUCAAUAAAGAGAACGGCGAGCAAGAAGCUGAUACUGGUGGCGAUCACAUGGAGAACACCGGGUCGCUCUUGCAAAAUUUUCUCUUGGAGCAUCAGAGACGUAAUCCAAACGAGAUCUCUUUAUCAAGCAAUUUGUCCAACGAGACGUCGGAAUACGUGCCCCUUGAGAAACUAGCAGAGACCGUCAACACGUGUCGCGUCUGCAACGAGAAGUUUAAAGAUAUCGCACAUCUAGACGAACAUCGUAGUAAAGCCGGUCAUUAUCAGUGCAAUAUCCCAGAAUGCUCUAAUCUCCUCUUUCAUUCGGCGAUGGAGGUAUCGCUGCAUCGGGCGCAGACACAUGGCACUCCGCUUUCGCCGAGCGUAAACCAACUAUCUCCUCAUAAUCAAUUGUCAAACGCGAACUCACCACACAUGAAUCAGAAUUCGCCGCAUUUGAGUCAGGCGUCGCAUUCGCCUCAUGCCGUGCCUAUGGAUGCAUCAUCGACCAACAGUUCGCAACAGCAACAGCUUAGAAACUCGCCGUUAACGUCGCCGCAUCAAACUAAUUCGCCGAGCUACAAUGCAGGACCGAUGACGACCGCUGGUGCUUCUUCGGGUCAACAGAUGCAAAUACCGCCGAUAAACUUCGAGCAACUACCACCACCCGUGCAACAACUGGCUCAACAAGUGCAGCGUAUGCCUCUUCCACAGUCGCAGAUGCCUCCUAGUCUUCCUCCAGGCGCAAAUACAAUGAUACAUGGGCCAAAUUAUUUUGUACAGCCACCGGGUCGACCACCCUUGUAUAGAGUACCUGGUCCGCAGAGUAUACAUUAUCCUCCGCACAUGACGCACUUGUAUCAAUACGGACCGGGUCCGUAUCCUCCGAUAGCCGCGCCUCCUCCGCAGAUGCAUCCACAGUUGCCCCAACAAAUUCCACGUGGACGAUAUCCACCAUCGACAACCAUCGUACAAAACAGCAGAGCACCACGGUUACCACAGACUGCUUCGGUUCCACGUCAACGCAUGAAGAGGCCCAUACAGCCAUCUAUGCAAGCUCAACCGCAAAAUAACGUUGUAAAGCAAAGACGUAUGGAUGUUUUGUUACCUGAUAGAAACGAAGACGCGGAUUGUCACGUCAUAGCGCAACAGAAAAGAAAUGACGGAUUACCCGUUAUACAAAAUGUUCAGGGCGCUACCACCCAACAAACCAGUAGAAAUGAUUCCACGAUACAUCUCACGGAUUCAAUCACACUGAGUGUUCGACAACCUGGUUCUACCCCAGCUCAAAUCCAGAGCACGUUAAAUCCGAGUGGGAAGAAAUCCGACGCCAAGGCGGUGGCGAAUGUCCUCGCGGCUCGAGGUAUAACAGUUACUCCAGCUGCAAAUAAAAAUAAGACAAGUGAACAAAGCAAACAGCAGGUAUCUUCCCAGCAGCAGCGGCCACCACCUUCACAGCCACCUUUAAAUGUUACAGCACUCAAUCUGAAUUCUGCUAUUUCUAUCAUACCAACUAGUUCACAAAGAAAGCAGCAGGAGCAAGGGCAGUUUGCUAUUCCGCAAAAUAAGCAAAACAAAUCACCGAUCAAUGAACAAGUUGAACGACCACCUAGACCACCAACUGUGGAUCUUACACAGGAUACUCCACCACAGAUGCCAGUCGUUAGACGUGGUCGUCCACCCAGAGCGUUAUUAACGUGUCAGGUAUGUGAUAAGAACUUUCAAAAUCAAGAUAUGUUGACACAACACAUGGCGACUCAUCGGACGACUAGCAAACUCAUUCACAAGUGCAAUCUUUGUCCUGCUCAAUAUCCCACAGUUCAAGCGUUGACAACGCAUAAACAAACUUAUCAUAAGGAAGUCGACACCGUAGCACAAAAUGGAGGCGCGGAAUUGGCCCUACCGGUUGUGGAUCUGAAGUCUCCGCAUGUUCUAAACCGCUUAUCAAAUUUGGGCAUUCAGAGCUACAUACCAUUGUCGCAACUGAGUGCUCAAACUGGUGGUUAUUUCGGUCUGCCGAUCAUCACGAUAGACGGUGCAAGAAACUCGAGUACCUGCAAUCUAGGUGCGCUUGGUGCUACCUCGAUAUUAAGUCUCGGUCCUCUUAAACAUUUAUCAAACAGGUAACUGUGGACGCAUUCGGCCUAUUUCACGUGUGCAAUCACGCUUCUUUUUUUAUUAUAUCUCAUGUUCAAAUCAAUUACUGUAUUGCCACUGACCAUGACACAUUGUCUUAAUUAUGGAAGGAGAACGAACGUGAUAUAGAGUUUAAGUAAAAUUAUUAUAUAAACGCGCGAUAUCUUUUAUAUAAAGAAUAUACGAAAAUAUGCUUGUGUCUAAGUAUACUUGUAAAAUAGCUCAUUGUGCGCAAAUAUACAAGUAUAGUUUCUUUUAUAUUCUUUAUAUAAGAAGUAUAUAGAGAGAAUUUAUUUAAAAUAAAACUUUUUUUAUCUUGUUGCAAAAUGAAAUUGGUUGAUGACUGACUUAACAUAAAAUUUGUUAAUUUAUUAUAGCUUUAGAGCAAUACAGUAUUUUUUCAUUGAAUUUCUCAUUAAUUAUAUCAUAUAUUUUGAUAAACUAAGAUAAAGAUCCUUUAAAGAUUUUAAUUUAAAAAAUUCAAAUAGAAGUAUAUAUCGUAAUUAUUACAAAU